CGGCGUGACCUACACGUUUCAGAUUCAGAAGAGGCACGCGCACGGCGAAUCGAAAUUGAGUCCCCUUUUGAGAAUAAUUUUCCCUGUGUGAUGAAAAAUGACUGCGCGAAGCAGAGAUUUGGAAUAAUAAAACCCAUUUUGGAAUCGAGAACAAAGCCAGUGGAGAAACGCUGAAUGAGUUACACGGAUAGAUGCACGCAGUCGCGGUUCGUGAUGUAUCGCAGCGCCAGACACAAGUCCCGUUUCUCUCUCGAACGGUUACAAUAAGCGGAGUCCUCGGCUGCAGUACCUCUGUCUAAAGCAGGCUUUUGAAACACUUAAUGGUGAUCUAAUGCACCUUUUUUAUUUGAUGAUCAAUUUUGCAUUGUGAAUCCACGGAUUUAAUGGAAUAACCCAUCCACGGUCUGUUAACAUUUGCUCCCGGGGGUCUACUCAAUUUAAAUUCAUUUUUCGGUAAAGACAAAGACUUGUUCUCUGGACCUGUGAAAAGUAGCAGCUCGGGGAGAUAUGAGACCACCAUGCUCCAAAAUGACAACCAGCCCCAAGUCUAAUAUAUUCAUUUGAGUGUCAUCUCGGGUAGCAUAGGCAAUGGCUGGAGGAAGCUGCGGUUCAUUUUACAUCUGGACAUGUAUGGUCGCCUGCAGGAUCACACUACCGCUUGCCAAAUCUUUGGAUACCAUCAUUUGGAGCUCGCAAAAUCCAAAGUUCCAGAGUGGCAAAGGCCUGCUGAUCUAUCCUGAUAUUGGAGACAAAAUGGAUAUUAUCUGUCCCAAGGCAAAUUCAGGGCAGCUGUAUGAGUAUUACAAGCUCUAUCUUGUAAAGAAAGAACAAGCAGAGUCCUGCAGCACUGUGCUAGACCCAUAUGUGUUGGUGACCUGUAACAAACCUCAGAAGGACAUCAAAUUCACCAUCAAGUUCCAGGAAUUCAGCCCUAACUACAUGGGUCUGGAGUUCAAUAAGAACAAAGAUUACUACAUCACAUCCACCUCCAAUGGGUCUCUGGAAGGUUUGGAGAACCGAGAAGGAGGUGUCUGCAAAACGAAGUCCAUGAAAGUCAUUAUGAAAGUCGGCCAAAAUCCUAACAUGGCAAUACCAGACACAGAGCAGACAGACUCCACUGUGUUUGAACCUGAUUCUGAUUUAAACCCUGUAAAAUUGGACCAGGAAGGACACAUGGAAGUUGGAAACACUGACACUGUCAACCAGGAGAACAACAAUGACAGCAUAGAAGGCAUAUUGGGCACCAAGAUUGCUGUGUUCGUAGCUAUUGGAGCUGGUUGUGUCAUCUUCCUCAUCCUCAUUGUGCUCCUCAUUAUUCUACUCAUCAAAGUGCACAAGCGUUCACAAAAGCCCACACGCCCACGGCCAACUGCUCUCUCACUCCACACACGGGCUAGCACCAAGAUUGUGGGAAGCAGUGGCUCUGAACCCAGUGAUGUCAUCAUUCCUUUACGGACAGAGAACAACUACUGCUCACAUUACAAAAACGUUAGUGGGGAUUAUGGGCAUCCUGUCUAUAUAGUGCAGGAGAUGCCACCCCAGAGUCCAGCUAACAUUUACUACAAGGUGUGAUCUUAGGGGGAAAAACUAUGAUCAAAGGUGAUUAUUUUUUCUAGGGAUUUACUUCCAUAAGAAAAUCCUUUUGUGAGCUACUGGAUUUUUUUUUUUGUUACCUUAACUAAGGUGAUGAGAAGUGAAUAUCAGAAGUGAAGUGAAUCAGAUGAACAUACAGUAUGAUGCAGAUGAUCAAAUAGUUUGCAAUAAUUGUUUGCUAUUGUAGACUGAACUUUCUAUCUCUUUCUCCAAUCUAAGAUUUCAUACAAGGUGUACAGGGUAAAGUGCUAUUUUAGAGUGAAUUAGAAUUCCAUGAUAUGCUAUUCCUAUUGGCUUAGAACAAAAAUAAGUUUCUUGUACAAUACCCAAGAAACAAAGCUAGAAACCGAAUGUACACUAAACCCAAGAACUUUAAAUGUUUGUUAUUAAAUUCUGCUAUUUCUGGUCGACCAUCAGGUCAUGCUUGGAGCCUUUUUAUGCUCAGGUAUCAUGGCAGAAGGAGGACAUAUAAUGGAGAACAUCUGUUUGCCUUACUAUUUUUUUAUGAAAAUCAACGUGUCAACACAAGUGUUAGUUUUUGGUUUGCUUUUAUGUCUGUUUUCCCCAAAUAUAAUGCAGCAAUUCACUUUA